AUCUGCAGGAAUGAUUGCCGCUAUCAGUCUCGCGUUCACCGCCCGGCUGAGGAGGUGAAAGUUUCUCCCCAGGAAGAUAAACCGCAAAAGACAAUAUUGUGCAUGAUUUGCGCCUUUUUUUUUUGCAAAGCGGGAAAAAAAAAGGGGGCGAAAAAAAAGGAGAGAGAGAGAAAGAAAGAGGGAGAAGGAGAGAGUGUGGGGAGCUCGAAGAGAAGAGAAAAAUCUCUCGGCCACUUUGCAACAUUCCUAUAGCUAAAAAAUAACUGAAGGGAGUUGAUUUUUUGUUUUGUUUUGUUUUUUUGUUUGUUUUUUGUUUGUUUUUUUUUGCCGUGUGUGUUGGUCUCUCUCCAUUACUGUUACUUGCAGCCAGUUUAUUUUUUACCCCCUGGCCUCCCUCCCCACUUCAAACCUCCCCGAAAAGUCUCAUCAGAGAGACAGUGGGGUUUUUUUGUGCAUGUCUGUCUUAUUCUAGCUUUCUUGCUUAUUUGCAACUGCAAGAUCGCCCCACUUUUUGUUUCCUUUCGGGGCGCUGAUGCCGACGGGGGUGGUUUUGAUGUGGUUGCGUUGGUGGUGAUUGUCGCUGACUUUCCAGAGAGGGUGUUUUGCUGCUGCUGCUCCUCCGUGUUUUUGUUUUGUUUUUUUCCCCCUUUUUUUCUUUUUUUUUCCUUUCCUUUCCCCGGGUUGCUGCACUGAGAGUGGGAAGAUGCUUCUGGAUGCUGGACCGCAGUAUCCCGCUAUAGGAGUCACUACCUUCGGAUCGUCUCGCCACCACUCCACGGGCGAUGUAACGGACAGAGAAGUGGGGCUGGGGAUCAACCCCUUCGCCGACGGCAUGGGCGCCUUUAAAAUUAACCCCAGCACACACGAGCUGGCCUCGGCCGGCCAGACCGCCUUCACCUCGCAGGCACCCGGCUACGCGGCGGCGGCGCUGGGGCAUCACCACCACCCGACCCAUGUCAGCUCUUACUCCAGCGCAGCCUUCAACUCCACCCGGGACUUUCUCUUCCGCAACCGGGGCUUUGGCGAGGCGGCGGCGGCCAGCGCCCAGCACAGCCUCUUCGCUUCGGCCGCGGGCAGCUUCGCCGGACCCCACGGACACACUGAUGCCGCAGGACACAUACUUUUCCCGGGGCUUCACGAGCAAGCCGCGAGCCACGCUUCUCCCAACGUGGUGAACGGGCAGAUGCGCCUGGGCUUCUCCGGAGACAUGUACGGGAGGCCAGAUCAGUACGGCCAGGUCACUAGCCCCCGGUCCGAGCACUAUGCAUCCACUCAGCUCCACGGCUACGGCCACAUGAACAUGAACAUGGCAGCCCACCAUGGGGCAGGGGCCUUCUUUCGCUACAUGAGGCAGCCCAUCAAGCAGGAACUCAUCUGUAAGUGGAUUGAGCCCGAGCAAUUGUCAAACCCCAAAAAGUCCUGCAACAAAACUUUCAGCACAAUGCAUGAGCUGGUGACUCAUGUCACAGUGGAGCACGUUGGAGGACCCGAGCAGUCCAAUCACAUAUGUUUCUGGGAAGAGUGUCCAAGAGAGGGGAAACCUUUCAAGGCCAAAUAUAAACUUGUAAAUCACAUCAGAGUCCACACAGGUGAAAAACCCUUCCCCUGCCCUUUCCCAGGCUGUGGGAAAGUGUUUGCUAGAUCAGAAAAUCUCAAAAUACACAAAAGAACUCACACAGGUGAAAAACCAUUUAAGUGUGAAUUCGAGGGCUGUGACAGGCGCUUUGCAAAUAGCAGCGACCGCAAAAAGCAUAUGCACGUGCAUACUUCUGACAAACCCUAUCUUUGCAAAAUGUGCGAUAAGUCCUACACUCACCCAAGUUCCCUCAGAAAACACAUGAAGGUCCAUGAGUCAUCCUCCCAGGGGUCCCAGCCUUCUCCCGCCGCCAGCUCAGGCUAUGAAUCCUCAACGCCCCCAACAAUCGUGUCUCCAUCUACAGAAAACCAGACCACAAGCUCCUUAUCCCCCUCCUCUUCAGCAGUCCAUCACACGUCCAGCCACAGCACGCUUACAUCAAAUUUUAACGAAUGGUACGUUUAAAACAAAAACAAACAACAAACAAACAAAAACCCUAUUUAAAAGACUCCAAAAUUAAUGAACACUUCGAAAGCAAAAUAAAUACAUAAAUAAAUCAAAAGCUGCCAGUAGACCCAGGACCGAAUAAAAUGAAGAAUCAUUUUCUGUUUUGUUUUGUUCAAAGGCUUGGUAGGCAAAGGGGUUAGUAGAAUGCAUGAGAGGACAAGGUUACCAGGCCAAAUGCCAAAUGUGUAGGGCUGGACUGGAACCACUGAUUAGAGGUCUCAAACUGCAUGUCUCCUUGGGCAGCGGCUUUUUUUUAAAAUGUAAAUACAGAAUUAUUAGCUUAAAAUGUACUGUUUGAUUUUGUAAAUAGUCAUAUCGCAAGUUGAAUAAGGGGAUAUGUGGAACUGUGGUCUUUGCAUAUAUGUGAGG